AUGCCUCAUCCAACCUUGCUGACCCUCCCUUCCGAACUCCUCACCGCCAUCGCAACCGCCAUCCUCCCAUCCCACAUCUCCCUUCGCGAACACCGCAGCGCCCACUGGAUCGGCGGCAUCGACGCCGUCGCCGGCCUCCCAUCCCUCCGCAGCUUCUUCACCCUCCAACGUACCUGCCACCACCUCGACUCCAUCGUGCGCGAAGUCGUCUCCCACAUCUCAAAACACCACGCCAUCCCUCUCCGCCUCGAGUGCCACCCCCGCCUCCCGACUCAGAACCCCGAAGAACAUGGCGCCAUCCCCGUGAACAAAGGAUUCAUGGACCACUUCAAGACGUUCGAGGUAAUCGUACCUCUCUCCUUCAUCCCUCGCGAUGCCCGCCAACGCGCGCGUCUCGGCCGUAGCGUAAAGCGCCUCGUCAUCACCGCCACCCGCAACGACAGCAAUGGAGAGUGGAAAUUCGUCGGCCAAGAAGUACAGACCAUCCAAGCCCUCAAGGUUUACGACAAGCAUAUCAUUCCGCUUGCGAUGCUGGAAGACGCGGUGGUGGAUAUUGCGGUGAGAUGGGUGGGCGAGAGGAUUGAGGAUUUCAAGGGCGUGGGUUGGCCGCUUUGGUAUCUGGAUAUGGACGCUGAGUGGAGAGUUGUGGAGGCGGAGUUGGGUGGAGAGUGGGAGAAAGUGGCUGUGAGGGCGUUGCCGGUGGGUGGAGGGGGGGUUUAUGAGGUUGAGGGGGUGGAUGAGAGGCGCGGGUGGAGAGGGAAGAGGCCGGCGUAA